AUGUAUUUAAACUACAUUUUACUGAUAUUUCUUUUUGUGCUGCCAGCGUUCGCAGCUAAAACUAAGUCCUUUGAUAAUACCACGAGCUGCGAUAAGGCUAAACAACCUAAAUUUAUGGGUUCCUGUUGCAAUAUACCGAGAGAUGAUAGAAUCAGCAAGUCCUGUCGCAAAUCCUUGCUAAGUCAGAAUAAAACAACAACCAAUAAUGGAGAUUCGCGAAAUUUAAAGGCAGAUAAGGUGGCUUUACAUGCAUGCAUUGCAGAGUGUGUGUUCAAACAGAAUGGUUACAUGCUAUCAAAUGGAACUAUUAAUCUACCAGUUAUCCAAAAGAGCUUGGAACAGCGUUAUAAUCGAGACCCCGUUGUGGCACAGCUUAUGAUCAAGGGUCUGAAGACGUGUAUGGAGUCCGCUCAGCGACGUGCUCAACAGUUUGAAUGGUUGCACUCAAAGGAUCAGUGCGAUUAUUAUCCUGCUACCUUGCUGGCCUGCACAAUGGAACAAGUUUAUCAAAAUUGUCCGGCCUCUAAAUGGAAGAAUACCGAUGACUGUCUAGCAAUGAAGAAAUUCUUGGUGGCCUGCGAUAAUACCAGAAAUUAAAUGAUAAAUCAUUAUGAAAUUAAAUGAUAAAUCAUUAAUUAAAGUGUAUCAGAUAGAGAUCAGCAAA